CAUCCCUGGCGGCGCGGAUGCUAGCGCCACUUUUCCUGAAGAAAGAGGGAAGCAGGACGGUCGAAGGAUGCGAAAACACGAGUGCUUUGUAAGUAGCAGAGCAUUGUCUUUCUGUUGAAGGGGCAAGAAGCCAGAGGUAGGAGAUGGUAGAACAGGAUGCACUAAUGAGGGUGAUCGAUUUGGAAGGAAAAUCGGUGGAAUGAAGGGGCAGGGCCUCUGAAGUGGUGGUCUUCAUGAUGGUAAUUGUAACUGAAUUCAGCGCUGCUACCCGUCUGCCGGAAGCGUGGAGAUUUGUGGUCGUACUGUAGUCGGUGUUAUUACGGUGGUGACUUGCGGUCGAAUCGUUUUCAAGUCCUUUGAGCACAGAUGACUGUUACGCGUGAAGAAGUGCUGAAGGAAUGUAACGAUUUAAUUUUUUUGGUACGGAUUUUGGUGGUAGGUCUCAUGGUUGGCGUGUGUGCUUGUUGUGGAAUGAUUGGUUGUCAUUCAGAUUAGGGCAAGUGGUGAGAAAUUAGUAUUCGACGGACUCAAAGCGCCAUCCCAGCCGCAGUUGGUGCCGUUCCGGCGAUAGUUACGAUCACAGGGAAGUAAUGGAGGGUUAAGGGUGAAGCUUGAAGUUGAAAGAUAGCCUCUUUAGUCCUGCAGGAGGUGUGAAUUGGGCGCCAGGUGAGCAGUAUAAGGGGGAGGAAAAUGGGAGUCACAGAGAGCAGUGUAAAGCUGGACGAAGAGGAUGCUAGCCUAGAUACAAACGUAGUUGCGUUUAAGAAAGUAGUGAAGAGGGUUAUUGAAGAGUUUUCCAGAAAAAAAGCAGAACAGUUUGGGUUCGGUUGCCAAAUCCGUGGGCGGCAUGUUGCAUCCUGCUUCCCAGCAGUAGAGGGUUUCAUGGCUGCCAUGAAACCUGGGAAGCAGGAUGCAACGGAUACUUCACAGCAAGCACAGACAGAUGCUUGUUUAAUUUGUCUGGACUUGUCUGGAUGUCGUCAUGGAUGGCGGUGAUAGAUCGAUUGCAAAACUUACAUGUGGUGACAAUUUCCAGACUGCAUUGGGUCAGGUUUCGACGCCAAGCGUGCCUGCAGUGCCCAAACUGCAGGCACGUCGGGACGGUCAUUGGCUCUAUUCCAACGUGACUGGCUCGGUUGAGGACCUCGUGAUCAACGUUUAAGACCUGUACCAGGGCGUCCCCGACCUUCUCACUGCAGCACAGAACAACGCAAGUGCAAGGUAAUUCUUGGUCCUUUCGCGGUCCCUCUAUCGUAUCCUUAGUGUUAAAAGGGACUUAUUUGGGCUGGCUGUUGGUCUGAUAUUUCAUAUGUGCACCCAAGUUUAAUAAUCUUUUGGAGGAUUUACAGCUGUUCGCGGAGAAAGUUCUGACGAAUACUUCAUUGAUCAUCUUCUAUGAAGAUGAGGCUUCUGAAAUGUAUGUAUGAUCGAAGUUUUCUUGCAUUUGAGAAAAGUCUAAAAUACGACUCCAGAUUUCAUAGCUGUAUCAACUUUAUGCCAUGGUGGUUGAGUCCUUCAUGUGCAAGUAACACAUUGCAUACUGGGACGAGUCAUCAUGGACACAUGAUAUUUAGUCACAUGACCUUUUGCAUAUGUAUAAUCUUCAUAUUUAAAACAUCCGAAGGCCUCGAGUUCCUUUCCUUUUUCAUCACUGAGCCUGCUUACCGGAGUAUCGUGACUGACAUUGAAGUCUUGAAAUUCGUGGCAGAGGAUACCGGCCUAGGAAAAUGCUUGUGUAGAGGAUACAGAAAAAAUUGUUCUGGUCACAAGACUUGUUCCCGCAUACGAGUUUUGUAUUAGAUCUUUCCCCUCCAUCCACGACAACGUCCCAGAACAUAGCCAGACACGGAUGCAAUGAAACCUUCUACAGGCGGGAAGCAGUAUGAAACGGAAACUUCACAGCAAGCACAGACAGAUGCUUGUUCAGUUUUUCUGGAUGUCGUUGUGGACGGCGGUGAAAGAUCGAAACUUGACUCACAUGCGGGGACCGGUUUUAUUUACCUUUAGAAUGCCAGUGCUAACAAUUGUGUGGUUUCCGCCCAAUAUAUACCAAGGUGCAAAGUGAACAAAAGUUAAAUUCCCCAAUAAUUAUACAAUCAUUGAGGAAUUUAACUUUUUUGAAUUUCUUGAUGAUUGCUUUGGGUCAGAUUUAGACGCCAAGAAGGCAAUUCAGUGCCCAAACUGUCUUGCCCUCUCGAUUUGCUUGCUGUGCCCAACCUGCAGGUACUUUGAGAACGGUUAUUGGCUGUAUGGCAACGGCAUUGGUUCGGUUGGGGACCACGUUAUCUGGGAUGCUCCUUGGAUAAACUUUGAAGACGCGUACAUGCCGUGCCUUAGUUUCUCAUUACAGCAGAUAACAAUGAAAGUGCGAGUGUAUUCUGCGUCCCUUGGCGGUCCUUAUAUUCUAUCGUGCGUGUAGUAUAACGAAACAAACAACGUGAAAGUGUCUGGAAGUAGUGAGUAAUAUCUGUAAUAGAUCUACAAGAUGCAAGGGGCGUCUUUAAUGUGAUUUGUAUGGCAUCAUCAGAUAUUUACAAAAUUUGAAAUCAGUCGUCCUUGUAUAGAAGCCGUCGCUUUGUAUGCAAUGCAAAACACAUGAGCAUACAUAUGUAUAUACAUGUAUAUAAUAAGAGUUGGAAUUAUC